AUGAAGUUCACCACCCUUCUCGCAGGCUUCCUGGCCGCCAUCACACAAGUUCAGGCCGCGGCUGUCAUCGCCCACUUCAUGCUCAUCAACACCAAGAAUUACACCCUGAGCGACUUUGAAGAUGACUUUAAGCUCGCCAAGGAGGCCCACAUCGACGCCUUCGCUCUUAACAUGGGCUUGACGGACCCCAAUACCGCCGAGUCCCUGGAAGACGCAUUCACCGCAGCAAAGACCGUCGGUUUCCAGCUCUUCUUCUCCUUCGACUACAACGGCGGCUACCUCGGGGGCAAGCCCUGGCCCAAGGACACCAUCCUCGACAUGGGCGACAAAUACUUCAAGCUCGACGAAUACUUCAAGUACGCCGACAAGCCCGUUGCCUCGACGUUCGAGGGCACCGAGAACGCCGAGGACUGGAUCGAGAUCAAAGAGAAGACGGGCGCCUUCUUCAUCCCGGAUUGGUCUUCCAUCUCGCCCGAGGACGCCUUGGGCCUGGCCGGCGGCGUGGCCGAUGGCUUGUUCAGCUGGAACGCCUGGCCCAUCGGAGACCAGGACAUGACUUCAAAGGGUGACGCCGCUUAUGAGUGGGCGCUGAAGGGGAAGCCCUACAUGAUGCCCGUGUCGCCGUGGUUCUACACCAACCUUCCCGGCUACAACAAGAACUGGGUCUGGCGCGGCGACGAUCUCUGGUACGACCGUUGGAACCAGGUCAUGGAGAUCAUGCCUACCUUCGUCCAAAUCAUCUCGUGGAACGACUACGGCGAGUCCCACCACAUCGGCCCCAUCCGUAACAACGCACUGGAAGCCUUUGAGGUCGGCAAAGCCCCGUUCAACUACGCCCUCGACCACCCCCACGACGGCUGGCGGCACACCCUUCCCUUCCUCAUUGACAGCUACAAGAACGCCGUACAACCGGACAUCAAGAAAGAGUCCCUCACGACAUGGUACCGCACCUCGCCGGCCCGUGCCUGCAAGGACGGUGGCACCACGGCCAACACGGCCGCCCACUCUCAACAGGUGCUCUCCCCGGUCGAGGUCGUCAAGGACAAGAUCUUCUACUCGGCCCUCCUCACCUCCGCCGCCGAGAUCACCGUCUCCGUCGGCGGCAAGUCGCAGAAGGGCAACUGGACUUCAAUUCCCGAGAACGGCAAGGGCAUGUAUCAUGGCAGCACCCCAUUCCUUGGCACCGGCGACGUCGUUCUCACGAUGACCAAGUACGGGACCGAGAUCGCCAAGAUCGAGGGCAGGCAGAUCGCCGAUGAGUGCCCAGAUGGUAUGACGAAUUGGAAUGCCUGGGUUGCCGCUAGUGAUGCGCUGCACGUUGAUGACCCGAACCCCACGCCUACGCAGACCGGCGAUGGUCCCAAGAGCACGGCGGCCGACGAUGACCAUUCGGCUGCUUCUUCUCUGUCGCGGAGUAGCCUCGUCUACGUCGUUGUUGCUCUUGCUAGCGUGGCCAUUGCUGGAGUGGUGUGA